AUGUCGAAUAUUUCAAAUUCUGGUUCUUCCCGUUUGGAUAAAUUGAAUUCACUACUCAACAGUGUUGAUGCUUCAUUGGCUUCUGGUCAAAAUGAUCUAUUAGUUGAAAAUAUUAUGGAUAGUACUGGAAAAAUUCGUUUAGAUACAGAUUUAGAAAAAAAAACUAAUGAUGAUUCUUCCAGGUUACAAAAACUAAGAGAUGAGGAAUUGAAUAACAAAGGAACUUGUGAACGAAGACCAGUUAUAUUCAAAAAAAAACAUAUCCCACCAGUAGAUAUUGAUGCAUCUGAAGUUGAUUUUGAAAUGACUUCACAAGAUGCUAAAAGAUUUCAAAUGGAAUUAACAGAAGCUGCAAAUAAAGAUGCAAAUAGAGCAUUUGUCUUCAAGUCUUAUGUUUCUGGUAAAAAUAAAACACUUAAACUGAAUGCUUAUGCACAUACCGUAGUGCGUUUUGAAUUAAAUUCGGAUUAUGUACUUCAGCUCUGUUUUUUAUCCAAAGAAAAAUCUAAUGUUGUUUAUGAUGAAUUUAAAUCACUAUUAAAAGAUCCACAAUCAAAAUUUGAUCUUUCACUAGUAAUCACCAGUGUUAUUGAAAGAAGUGCGACAAAAGAUUUAAUUGAUGUUGAUAUUGCCCCAGCAAGUACUUUACGUUUAAAACAUAAAAAUUUUACUUUCACCAAUAAUAUUAUGACACAUUUUAAAGAAGAUUUGGUUUCUCUAGUAUCCGAUGAAGAAGCUACUAAUAUUUGUAAUGAUUGGCUUAAAGGAAAUACAAUAUUUACACCAUUUGCUCCAACUAUUAACCCAAGACCAAGUGGACCAAUAAAUAUAGGAAACAGAGAACAAGCUUCUUCUGGUAGUUCUAGACCAAGUACACAAUCAAACAAUAAAUCAGUAACCGGUCGAUUCUUAAAGUUCUUGGGAAAGAAAUAA